AUCUAUUAUCUCUGGUCUGUUUGAGCUAGCUAGCCACCCAAUCAAUGUCUAUUAUUAUUCAGUUUUAUUAAUAUAGCCAGCCUAUCAUACGCGUUGGACUUAGUUUCUUUUUAAAAACAAAACCAUGAAUACGUUGAUAAAUAGGGGAAGUUUUCAGACCCAGUUAGUUUCCAUUAUGGAAAUGCUAAGCAAAGCUGCUGUGGUUGAAAUUGGCAAACUUGUCGACGAGUGCUCGGCGGUUCUCCGUUCUGAAAUAUCCCAACAACACAUGAACGAGAACGAGGCAUUAAAGAAGAAAUGUUACCUGCUAGAGAUUGAAUUAAAGACGGUAAAACUGCACGAACGUAAAAGGGUCAUUGCCAGCCGUUGUCAGCAUGGAGUUCAGGUCUCGGGACAAAUAUUUACGCAUCAAGCAACUGAGAACCGAGGUGUUCGGAGACGUCUUCCAGGUGUUUUCCGUAAUCAAGCGAUGUAAACAUGGACAUUUGGCACUGUCAGAACCCUAACAAUGAGAAGAGAAGCAGUCUGCCCCCGCCAUAGAGGGUGUCUUUGGUAAGGACUGGUGCAUGGACCUAUGGAGAAAUGGAGACUCUAUCCCUCAGGAUAAAGAGACAAUUGGAUCGGUCAUUUUGGGCGAUGGUGACAUCACUCAGGCAAUAGACUUGGUGGACAAUGAGCCCGAGUUGGUGUUUAUCAAAGAAGAGCUGUUUGAGGAUCAGCCAGUGGACCAGCAGAGGGGACAUGCAAGCAACAGAAAAAGGAGUGUAGCAGUGGAGGAUGCUCCAGCAGUAGAGAGAACAGCUGCCAGUCAACUUCACCUAUACCAGGGGGACUUGAACACAUACCCUUCAAUGCCUGACCCUGCAGGCAGCCAUCAGGUACAGCCUGACACAGAGCAGCCCACAUCCGUUGAGAGCCUCAUGGAAGACCCCACUCUGGCUGGUCUGGUUGACAACACACCAGAGCCUGGCCCUGACACAGCCGAUGGAAUGUACAUGGACUAUCCUCCCCGCAACACAUACGCACCAAGAAACCGGCCAAGCCUCCAGCAGGGAACUGGAAAAGACCCGAAGCAGCAGUUUGACUGUUUGUUUUGUGGGAAGAGCUUUGGUUAUUUAAGCUACUUGAAAGUCCACAUCAGACGCCACUCUGGAGAGAAACCGUUUGGCUGCACAGUUUGCGGGAAGCGAUUCGCUCAGAAGACGUACCUGAAGCUGCAUCAGCGUACACACUCCGGAGAGAAACCCUACAGUUGCACAGAAUGUGGGAAGAGUUUCUCUCAGAAGAGUUCGUUGAACGUCCACCUCCGGAGUCACACUGGGGAGAAGCCUUAUAGCUGUGUCGACUGUGGGAAGAGCUACACCUAUAAACACGGUUUUAACACACACCAAUGUUUCAAUUAAGGGAUUAGGGAGUAGUAAUUUUAUAUUGUCAAUUUGUUUUUAAUUUAUAUUUCAACCUUGUUUUGAAAACUGGCAACCGAAACAUCUUUAACCUUAUUGUAAUCAUGGUGGUUUUCAGUAGGUCACGUUUGUUUUUAAACUGUUGCGCUACUGUGUGCCCUUAUGAACAUUACCCAGCUGUUACUCUUCACUACAUGGCAGAGAACUGUUCCAUUCAAGUUUUCCCUCUGCGCCGUCCGUAGGAUUGCACACACACUGUGCCUUCUUGUCACACAAUUGGCAAGAGACUAUGCCCCACUGUUAGAUGAAGAGAUUUGAGUGACAUUUUUGAACAGUGGUUGUCCUGAUACCAGUUGUUUGUGCUACUGUGAAGAAUGCCAGUGUGGUAGACCGAUCAUGUAAACGUGUGCAAAAUAAUUUUCUGUCCUGAAUUAUGAAAUUAAAGUAACGCGUACAGUAA